CCUGUGCCUGCUGCAUUACAGUAAGAAGAACUGUUUGAGUGUUCGAAGUCCACAUCUCGGUCUCCUCCCCCCUCUCCUCUCCGCCCUCCUCCCUCAGCCAUUGGUCGGAGCGCAGCAGGCUCCGGUGCUGAUGAUGCUGUGAAAGGGGGAGUAAACUGAGAGCGCACGUCUCCCCCACUGCGCACACACCGCUAAAGUAAAGAUGCGUGUUUCCUCUCGAUCAGUAGUCCAGCCCGCAAGACGUCCACUUGUUUCCCUGACUCUUCUUCUGCUGCCAGCCUGUCACACUGCCUCUGUUCCCGCUUUACGUGAGGAAUCCGCGCAGCUCGGAGGAGUAGCAGAAGGAGGGGGCGAAGGGAGACUCGAGAGAUCCAGAGAACCGUCACCUCUAUAGCGCAUCAGUGGGGGGCUAUGGAUGCACGGACAAAAGGACGCUUUCUCUUCACCGUAGGCCUCCUGUAUGGGUUUUACUGGCCAGCACCAGUGAUCUCCAAAGGUUCCUCAGGCGGGCAGUCAGAUACCAUGCCCUCAGUGCAAGGCACUCUGCCGCACUUCAUCCAGGAGCCGGAGGAUGCGUACAUUGUUAAAAGCAACCCCAUCAAGCUGCGCUGUCGAGCCACGCCCGCCUUACAGAUCUUCUUCAAAUGCAAUGGUGAAUGGGUGCACCAGAACGAACACACAUCCCAGGAGUAUAAAGACCUCAACACUGGGCUGAAAGUGCGUGAGGUGAUGAUCAAUGUGUCCCGGCAGCAGGUGGAGGAUUUUCACGGGCCUGAAGACUAUUGGUGUCUCUGUGUGGCCUGGAGCCACCUUGGGACCUCCAAGAGCCGGAAAGCAACUGUCCGCAUUGCCUAUCUGAGGAAAAACUUUGAGGAGGACCCCCAGGGGAAGGAGGUGCCAAUCAAUGGAAUGAUUGUGUUGCACUGUCGCCCUCCAGAGGGAGUGCCUGUAUCUGAGGUGGAAUGGCUGAAAAAUGAUGAGCUGGUGAGUUCCCUUACCGCCGACAACAUCGAUUCCCGAGCUGACCACAAACUCAUCAUCAACAAGGCACGCCUGUCUGACUCAGGCAACUACACGUGUCUGGCCAGCAACAUCGUAGCUAAGAGACGCAGUGCCACGGCUGCUGUCAUCGUCUAUGUGAAUGGUGGCUGGUCGCUGUGGACAGAGUGGUCUGCCUGUAACGUGCCAUGUGGGCGGGGCAUCCAGAAACGCUCCAGAACCUGCACAAACCCGGCGCCUCUGAAUGGCGGAGCCUUCUGCGAGGGCAUGUCUGUGCAGAAGAUCACCUGCAACGCACUCUGCCCAAUUGAUGGAGGCUGGGAUGAGUGGAGUGAAUGGACGGUCUGCAGCAGCCAGUGUGAACGGCAGCGGAGUCGGGAAUGCAACUCCCCGGCACCCAGACACCGAGGCAAGACGUGUGAAGGGAACAGCAAGGCCACUGAGAACUGCACAGAUGGAAUGUGCACCCAGAAUCGAAAGCUUCUACAUGAUGUUAAACCUCAAAAUAUGGAAAACUCCAUUGACGUGGCUCUGUACUCAGGCCUUGCAGCAGGAAUUGUUGCCGUGGUAAUUCUCAUUGUGGCCGCCAUGUUGUACAGGAAAAACCACAGUGAUUAUGGCGUUGAUGUCAUUGACUCAUCGGCUCUCACUGGAGGUUUCCAGUCUUUCAACUUCAAGGCCACCAGACAAGGCAACCCACUGCUUCUCAACUCCUCAAUGCAGCCAGACAUGACCGUGGGACAAACGUACAGCACCCCUCUCUGCUUCCACGACAGUGCUGAGAAAGACCUCUUUGAUCCCCUGCCAGACAUUAAAGUCAAAGUCCAGAGCUCCUUUAUGGUGUCUCUGGGUGUGGCCGAGCGAGCAGAGUUCCACGCCAAAGCGCCCAGUGAGUCUUACCCACAGGACCUUGGCUGUGACUUUUGUAGCACUGUGGACCAACGCAAGAAAGGGCUGCUGACACUCAAUGGUCCAAUCAGCACCAGUAGAGAACAGCUGAGGACAAGUGGUGUGUUCGGCCACGUGGGAGGCCGGCUGGUGGUGCCAAACACAGGGGUCAGCCUCCUUGUGCCUCAUGGAGCCGUUGCUGAAAAUAUGUCCUGGGAGAUAUACAUGGUCAUCAAUCAGGGGGAGGCAAGCGCCCAGACACUGGAAGGCUGUGAAAUCCUUCUGGGCCCAGAGGUGACGUACAGUCCUUCGGGCCUGGAACUUUUUUGCCCUGUUGCCAUGACCAUCGCCCACUGUGCAGAGGUGGAUGCUGAGAACUGGAACAUUCAGCUCAAGAGGAAAACCCAGGAUGGUAAAUGGGAGGAAGUGAUGUCAGUGGAAGAGGAGUCGACGUCCUGUUACUGCCUGAUGGAUCUGACCAGCUGCCACCUGCUGCUGGACCAGCCAGGUUCGUACGCCCUGGUGGGCGAGCCCCUGACACAGGCUGCAGUGAAGAGGCUGAAGCUGGCCGUGUUUGGGACCGUGGAGCUUGGCUCCCUGAACUACAGCCUGCGGGUGUACUGUGUGGACGACACGCCACACGCCUUUCAGGGAGUGGUGGCUGCAGAGAGGACCAGAGGGGGUCAGCUCCUCGAAGAGCCAAAGAUGUUGCCUUUCAGAGCAAACACCUUCAGCCUCCAGGUGUCGAUCCAGGAUGUCCCUCAGUUCCUGUGGAGCAUCAAACCCUUUACUACAUGUCAGGAAUUCUCCUUCCCUCAAGUGUGGUGCAGCAACCAACAGCCCCUGCACUGUGCCUUUUCGCUGGAGAGAUACAGCCCUGCCACCGCCCAGCUCUCCUGCAAAAUUAGCGUGCGGCAGGUCAAAGGCCACGAGCAGAUUUUGCAGGUCUACACAGCCGUUGCCGAGGGUGAAAAGGAGCUGGUUCCAUUUUUUAUGCAGACAGACUGCACGGUCACUUCCCAGACGGGGCCCAAGGCCUUCAAAAUCCCACUGUCCAUCCGCCAGAGGAUCUGCGCCACCUUUGACACUGCCAAUGCCAAGGGCAAGGACUGGCAACUCUUAGCCCAGAAACUCCACAUAGACCGGAACCUGGGGUAUUUUGCCAAGCAGUGGAGUCCCUCUGCUGUCAUUCUGAGCCUGUGGGAGGCGUGCCACCAGGACACUGCUGACCUUGACUCUUUGGCCAGCGCCUUGGAGGAGAUUGGCAAGAUCCACUCCAAAAGCUCCCCAAAGGAUGCAGAUGAAGCAGAGCAUGACCUCAGUGACAUACAAGUAGGCGGUGUCUGCGGUUUGGGUAACCCAGCAGUUCCAGAGGGGGAGGACUGUGCUCCUGAAUACACAGGCUAAGAGAAAGGUUUGGCUGGUUCUAACUGGCAGACUGACACUCAUGUGCGUACACGCACACACCCGUUGAUAGACACUGUGCUGCUGCUGUGGCACUCUACAAUGUCAGCAGGUUGUCAGUGGGCGAACAGUGGCAGCAGACAGCGGCAGCGGUCAACACGGCGAGCAAUCAUAGCGGGUCGAGGUGCACCAGCUCCUGCUAUGGAUCUGCCUUUUCUGUUAUGGCAGAUCUGUGGGCAGACUGUAAAUCUUUGUCUGCAUUUCCUCUAAUUUCUUUAGGUCUUUGCUUUAAGUUCAUGUCUUUUGAUUGUCCAUCAAUUUCUAAAUUUGCUUAAAAUGAAGGGAUUAUGUUUUCUUCAGUCCUCAUUGACAAAGACUAGAGGUUCCGAAAUGGUCCUUGGUGUUAAGCCACCACUCUAUCUCAACAAUGAGGACUGAAAUGGUAUGUUUUUAUGGCAAAUCCUGUAGUUUUUAUUUAAAGCAGCAUCAUGCUAGCAUCAUUGUGAAAGUGAAUUUUAAAUGCCAAAUAUUCAAAAGUCAUAUUCAUUUUCAAAUCCCAAAAACAAUCUAAAAUAUCUGGAACACUCUAAGGAUGGCUUUCUAAAGCAUAAUCAUAUACACAAAAGCAGCAUUUGCCCCAUUUGAAGAAUUGCAACAUCAGAAUUAAACUGGGGACAUAGAUAAUAGCAAUAAAAACACUGUGGUAUAUUGUGGAUGAAGAUUUCUCACAAUGGUGCCACAGUUUGUUACGGUUCCCUGCUUUGACUGAUAAACAGAGAGGAAGCUGUAAAACAUAAUUUCCUGAUGCAGCGGGGAGCACGUCUUAUCUUAUCGCCUAAUUCCCACUAUUAACCCCCAUCAGUAGACCCUCAUAUCAGGCGAUGACACACUUCGGCUACACCACCCAACACACCCACACACACAGACUUGUGCACUGAUAUUUCAUGACUUGAGAGUUCAUGUGUGUAUAUCUUUGACAGCAAUGACAAGAGGAAUUCUGUUAGCGUCACAAAUGCAUUGAAGUCACAACAGUUUAAAUGCUGCAGAAAUGAAAAAGAAUAUUCCAGAAAGGGAAGACGGGUUUUUACACACAUGACUCCUCAUUUAAAAAAGAUAGAUCUAAUGUAUAAAAAUGCAAAAUCCAGAUGACAGAGAGAUGGAUGUACUUUGCUUAGGCCUGAAGCCGUGAUGUAUCCCCCUACUGGCUGUCGGCUAUUAUCUUGUAUCUAAGAAGGCUCAGUAGCUCAUUUGCUGUUAUCAAACAGAUAAAACAAACCUUUUCUACUUUGGGAUUUUUUGGAAGAUUUGUUUUGUUCAAAUAUUUAGUGUAUCUGUUCCAAAAAGAAGUUAAAAUGCAGCUUUCCAAAUGUUUUGUGGAAGAUGUCAUUGCAACGUAUACCCACUACUACUUUGUGAAUUGAGUUUUUGCUAUUCCCUGACUCUCUUGCUAUUACAGUUUUGUAAUGUACAAGAAACGUUCGGGAUAAACAUCCAGUUAUUUCAGUUAUGGUGCAGAUGUCAUAACUUGGCACGAGAAUGAGAAGAAGAAUAAAUUAAUCAGAGGAGAUCACCACUCCUACCCAGAACAGGGCACCCAUGUAUUUUUGUUGUAUUUGGUAAAGGGCCAAAACAAAAAAUGAGUAGGUCAAGUAGGUCAAAAGCACUCAACACCAAAGCAGUGCAAGAAUGUCUAGUUAUUAUUGCAUGCAGGAGCUUGAGGAAUCAGCAGCUUGUUUUUUGAAGCACUGUAGAAAGGCUCUCAGCCUUUCCUAGGGUCUCGUUUAUAAACGUGAUGUACAGAAAUAGCUGGUCUGAAACUGGCGUACGUCACUUUCCAUACAAAGGUUGCGAUCUAUAAAAAACUAACUUGAUGGGAGACUAUGCAGUCCCUCACGCCAACUCUGACCCAUGCAUACGCUUGUUUUGGAGACAGGAGAAACUGGCGAUGCAGAUGAUGAGGUGGAGAAUUGAAGCCACACUGCAUCGUGAUUCCCAAUCAGACAUUCAAUUUCACUCCAUAUCAAGCUUUAAUCAUAGAUCGACUUUGUCAUAAGUAUUCAAAACCGCAGUGUUAUUUAUGCUUGUGCCGGUAAGCCACAAUCUUAAAUCAAAGUCCGCACAACAUUUCAUCAAAGUUUUCUCACCAUCACAUUCCUCUCUCUGAAGAUCACAAGGGUUAUGUGUACCACUGAUUAACACAUAAAUCGUGACAAUGUGUGAGGCAAUAACACUGCUGUAAACAUGUGGUAACACUCGUGCGUAAUGCUGCGUGAUGGAUGCAUUGGCACUGCUGGAAAACUUUGAAAAUGGGGCAAUUAGGAGGGAAUGUGUUUUCAGGGAUCACUAAGAUUUUCUGGUGCAUGAUGAUGACUGGCCAAUAUGUUGAUUUAGACUCCCUAGAGCAUUGCUGUUGGAUUUAUGUGCUGCACUGGGUCCAGUUUUAGAGAGAACGACCCACCGGAACCACUCCAUUCCUGUUCAGUUACAGGUGUUAACCACUUUGGGGUUCCUGGCAACUGGCUCAUUGCGCAAAUUAGCCAACAUGUAUCCCUGAAGCCACUUUUAGGAACCACAUAAUUUUGUCUUCUCUCCACCUCAGUUAUCAACACAUCAAUUUCUGUCUCAAUGAAAUUGUGUUUCUUUGCUCUUUCCCCUGUUGUUGGCAUUGUUAACCAUGAACUAACAUUGAUCAGCUGUCUCCUUUAAAUGAUGUAACUUUUAAAAUAUUCCACAUGUUUUGCGAAUCUACAAGGAGACAAAUUCCGUCUUGCUUUACACAGUCCUCCGGCCUCAUGGUUUCAAAUUCUGUAUCUGUGGUUAUGAGGUUGUGUCAAUAAUAAAUUUAACAUUUGAAAUUUGUUUCUUUAUGUUGUUACCCAUGUCCAACUGAACCCCAUAAACCAAACAGUUUACCAACCAUAAUUUAUGUUUACAGUUACACCCCUACAAGUUAACCAUGCUCUCGUAGUUCUUGUCUUGUUUUGACAUUUUUGAUGUUAACAUUGUAUUCUCAAAUUUAACAUCAGCCUCCAGUGAAGGUUUAGCGUUGGAUAGCGUUGUAUCCCAAGGAUAUGGACAUUUUUAAAUGUAGUUUUAAAUAGCUAAAUUCAGCUAAAACGAGGAGUUGGUCAAGCUUGCCCUUAGUCUUCCACUCUUCUGAGGGUUUCUUUGCUUUUCAACAAGCUCCAAGCAGAUUGAUAUCUUUCUACUAGCAGUAAGAGAGCUAUUACUGAGAAUAACCUCACAAAACAUUACUUCAAAACGUAAUUGGAGAGGUUUUAGUUGAGAGCAUAUUUUACCAUUUUGUUUUUUCAGCAUUUCAGUUUUACAAUUUAUUGCUAAGAAAAAUGAUUCUGAAAAAUAGCGAAUUUGUUCCCAUUAAUUACAAAUUUAGAUAAAGAGUCAGUUUACAAAUCCCAAUAAAAAGUCCAAGAUGGUACAAACUUAUUUGUUUUAAUUAAAGUGUAAGGAAGUAUUGAUUUUAUUAAGGAAGUAUACAUUUUUUCUCAGAUAAGAACAAUCAAUUGUGAAGGACUUAAAACUAAUUUACUAUCUUACCUUUUGAAAGAAAAAAUAUUUGCUGCUCAUUUUUUUAACCACGUUAACAUUUUCGUCCCUAUUGCUGUUGUUUUAUUGCCUAUUUUUCAGUGAAAGGGACUCACAUAAAUUGGGCAAUGUAGCGCAACUUUUCUUCAGGUAUUACUUUAAAGACAUCACCAAUUAUUUCUGACCAGCUACUGUAUAUUUGAGUGGUUUUGUUCCACCAUGCGAAAUAAAUAUCUUUAAUUUUCUGAAUCACUUCUAUGCAUUUAAACAAGUUAUAGUACUCCUUUUGUGUGAUAAGUGAAAAGUGUGAAAAAAGUCAUCUUUAAUUUUUUUCCCCUUAAUCAAGGCCAUAUCCUUAAUUGUGAGUUUUUUGUUAUUCCUGCAGGCAAAAAGAGUGUGUUUUUGUAACAGCUAAUCUUCUGUUGCAACACGAGUGUCCGUGCCCCUUAUCUCCUGUCACGAUGAACGUUCACCCCGAGCCCGGAUGUGUUCCAGCCAUGUCUGCUGUGUCUCAGUAAAUUUAAACUGAUACACACAUCCUCACUGUGUAUAUCCCUGUGGUGUGAGAUCUAAUACUGUUUCAUGGGAGGAAAAGUUCACUGUUGUGUCCCUGGAGUUGGUCGGCCUCAUGCUCUUCGUUGCUACACGCAUGGCCUUUGGCUUCAUAUCACUAUUCUUGUGCCUUGUUUAACUACUAUAAAUGGUGAAUGUUGUAAAGUGCAGAUGGGGAAGAACAAAAAAAAAUAUAAUAAUCGUACAGACAUACAUUUAAAGGUAUUAGUUGAAAAGUAUUUUAGAUUAUAAUGUUGAAUAGGCUGCAGAGCUUUUCUAGUGCUAAACAUCUAUGUUUGGUAAUGCCAGGGCAGCUUUGUGGUACACAGUAUCUAUAAUUAUGGACAUUUUGGAUGUUUUCUGUACAGUAGAAUUUGCAAAUGUAUAUGCAGCCUUUUGGAAAUAAAUGUACAGCUGAAAGAUCA